AUGUCAUCACCCAAUGGAGCGCCUUCGGGCGGCGCACCCACCAUGCCACAGGGUCCGCCAUACCUACCAAACGCCGCAAUCCUAGGUGGAGUGCCAACACCAUCCAUCGACGACCCGAUAUGCGGCGUUCUCCUCGCCCUCUUCAUCGCAGCCGCCGUGUUCAACAUGGCCGUUCUCCAAAUCAAUCUCCGCCGAGAGCACAAGUUCAUCAUGUCCGGCCUCCUCUUCGGUUUCUGCAUGGCUCGCAUCGUAACCCUGAUCAUGAGGAUAGUCUGGGCGAGUCGGCAAACCAACGUUCGCAUUGCCAUCGCUUCCAACAUCUUCAACCAGGCUGGCGUGCUUUUGCUGUUCAUCGUCAAUCUUAUUUUCGCCCAGAGGCUUGUCAGGGCGUACCAUCCUAAAUUCGGCUGGCACAAGAUCCCCACCAUGUUCUUCCGUUUCUUCUACUUUAGUGUCAUCGCUCUGCUCAUCAUGGUCAUUACCGCGACGGUUAGGAGCUUCUACACCCUCAACAAGAACAUCCUCCUCAUCUGCCGCGACAUCCAACUGUUUUCCGGUACCUAUCUCGCUGUUCUCGCUUUCCUACCUAUUCCCAUCGUCCUGUUGGCCUGGGCAUGGCCCCGCAAGAAUAGGAUCGACAAGUUUGGCGAGGGCCGCUUCAGGUCAAAGGUCAGGCUGGUGCUAUUUACCUCGACCCUCCUCGCUUUUGGUGCAGGCUUCCGUAUUGGCGGCUCCUACGACCUAAGGCCGCGGAAUAACCCAGGCUGGUACCACCACCGGGCGGCGUACUACUGCGUCAACUUCGUCAUCGAGCUCAUCGUCGUGUACACCUACGCCCUCCUACGCUUCGACAAGCGAUUCCACAUUCCCAACGGUAGCUCGGCUCCGGGCCACUACACUAACGGCGUCCCCGCAAGCAAGGAAUCGGGUGGGCUGGAUGAUCGCAUUAACAGCGAGGCAGAUGCGUUUGGUGGCGGAAGCGACGAGGAUACGGCCGUAUUUAGUCGGGAUAAUGAGGAGGCUAAUGAGCGGAAGUGGGAUAAUAGGGCUCUGGCGGACCUGGAGAAGCAGGACCAGGGUCGACCGAUUUCAUCUUGA